AUGAUUCUGCUCAUUGUGGAGUCAGAUCCUACAGACCCAGCUGUUGUUAACGUUCUAAAGAGAAACAAGAACAUCCAGGAUCUCUGUGAGAGCUGUGGAGGAAGAUCUGUUGUUCUCAACAUCAAGGACAAACAGCAGAUCCCAGAACUGUUGGAGACUGUGAAAAAGAUGAGUGCUGUGGGAUCUGAAAGCUUUACAAAGGAAAAGUUAAUCAACGCUCAAUUUAAUGUACAAACUGUAAAAGAGAGACAGAGAAGAAGAAUUAAAGAUGUCAGUAAUGGUGGAGGAAUGAGCAAAAUGGCAGCAAACAAAUGUCACAGCAGAGAGCCUCUCAGGAUGCUGAUGGUUGGAAAGACUGGCAGUGGGAAGAGCGCAAGCGGAAACACUAUUUUGGGCAAAGAAUGUUUUGAAUCACAUCUCAGUCCCAGUUCAGUAACAACCUCUUGCCAGAAAGCAGAGGGAGAGAUCGAUGGACAGCCUGUUGUUGUGGUCGACACCCCCGGAUUGUUUGACAUGAGUCUGUCUAAUGAGGAUGCUGAAAAGGAGGUUCUGCAGUGUUUCAACAUGUUGGCUCCUGGACCUCAUGUGAUCUUACUGGUGCUGCAGAUCGGUCGCUUUACACAGGAGGACAAAGAGGUUGUGAAAAUGACCAAGAAGAUUUUUGGUGAGGAUUCAGGAGAUUUUAUCCUUGUUGUAUUUACCAGAGGUGAUGAUCUGGGCGAUCAAUCAGCUGAGAGUUUCAUAGAAAAAGACUCUGAUGGAUUUCUCAAAGAACUCAUUGAUGAAUGUGGAGGGAGAUACCAUGUCCUCAACAACACUGAUCAAAGAAGCUAUCGGCAAGUCGAUUGGCAGAUUAACAUCAGAGGAGAAGGAGACGCUGAAACUCAUCAAGAAAAAGUUUUAGGGAUAAAUUCAGAAAAGUUCACCUUCAUUCUUUUCACAAGAGGAGAUUCACUGGAACAAGAGGAGUUGUCUAUUGAAGAAUACAUUAACGAUAAAUGUGAUGAUUCCUUUAAAAAAUUAAUUGCAGAAUGUGGAGGAAGAUAUCAUGUGUUCAAUAACUAUGAUAAACACAGUCAGACACAAAUCACUGAGCUAAUAACCAAGAUUGAUGCCACGGUGAACAACAGUGGUGGAAACUGCUUCACAAAUGGGAUGCUGCAAGAGGCUGAUCUCAGGAUUGUGUUGAUAGGAAAGACUGGCAGUGGAAAGAGCUCUUCAGGAAACACCAUUCUAGGAAGAAAAGAGUUUAAAGCUGGAUCAAGUCAGACAUCGGUCACCAAAUACUGUCAGAAAGCACAGAGUGAGGUGGGCGGGCGUCCUGUUGUUGUGGUCGACACUCCUGGACUGUUUGACUCAACUUUGACCCAUGAAGAGGUCAGUGAGGAGAUGAGCAAAUGUAUCAGUUUUCUGGCUCCAGGACCACACGUCUUCCUGUUGGUGUUACAGAUUGGCAGAUUAACACCAGAGGAGAAGGAGACACUGAAACUCAUCAAGAAAGUCUUUGGGAUAAAUUCAGAGAAGUUCACCUUCAUUCUUUUCACAAGAGGAGAUGCACUGGAAUAUGAGGAGUUGUCUAUUGAAGAAUACAUUAAAGAUAACUGUAAUGAUUCCUUUAAAAAAUUAAUUGCAGACUGUGGAGGAAGAUAUCAUGUGUUCAAUAACUAUGAUAAACACAAUCAGACACAAGUCACUGAGCUAAUAACCAAGAUUGAUGCCAUGGUGAAGAACAGCGGUGGAAACUGCUUCACCAAUGAGAUGCUGCAAAAGGCUGAAGCAGCGAUACAGAAAAAAAUGGAGAUGCUGCUGCAAGAGAAGGAAGAAGAAAUGACGACACAGAGGGAGGCGCUUGAAAGAAAACAUGAGGAAGAAAUAAAAUCAAUGAAAAGAAUAAUGGAAUAUGUCGGUGCUCCUAGUGAGAUGAUGGAUGAUAUCCUGAAGGAUCUCCACCCAGAUCUGGACCAGGGUCAACCUCUGAAGCGACGCAGCAGCUAUAAUUUAGUGCCACCUGACAUGUCUGAGCUGAGGGUCGUUCUACUGGGCAACAACUGGUCUGAGAGGAGUUCAGUGGGAAAUGCUUUAAUAGGAGAGGCAGUGUUCAACACUGAGAAAGAAUGGAAUGCCUGUCUGAGAGUCAGUGGACAUUUGGAGGAGAAAACCAUAACUCUCUUCAACGCUCCAGAUCUGCUGGACCCAAACAUCUCUGAUGAGCAACUGACAGAGUUUAUAGAGAAAUGUAAGAAUCUCUCUGAUUCUGGACCUGAUGUGUUCCUGUUGGUUAUCCAGCCUCAAGACUUCACAGAGGAAAACAAAAAGAAGCUACAAUCAGUCCUUGAAAAAUUCAGCAAUCAAUCCUUUGAUCACUCACUGCUGCUAAUAUCACCACCUGGUGAUGAGAGCUCAGGUUCCACUGAAAACUAUCUGCAGCAUCCACCAUUAGCAGAAAUGAUCAACAAAUGUAAAGACCACCUGGUGUGGCAGAAGAACCUUGAACGACGACAACUGUUAAAAGCCAUGGGCAAAAUAGUGAAGCAGAGUAAUGAAGAACAUGUGAGCUGUGAUGUUUCCAAUGAAUCUGCGUCUGAUUUACCCAGUGGCCAACAAAGCCUGAAACAAGCAGUCACUACAAUUGCGAAGAUUGUUCUUAAGCACACAAAACCAGCUUUAAACCUGGUUCUGUGUGGGAGGAGAGGAGCAGGGAAGACGUCAGCAGCAAAGGCCAUUUUAGGUCAGACAGAGCUUCAUUCAAUCUCCAACUCAUCAGAGUGUGUUAAACAUCAGGGAAUCGUUUGUGGACGUCAGGUUUCCCUGGUGGAGCUGCCUGCCUUGUAUGGAAAACCUCAGGAGGCAGUGAUGGAGGAAUCACUCAGGUGUCUCUUCCUCUGUGAUCCUGAGGGUGUCCAUGCCUUCAUCCUGGUCAUACCUGUGGCUCCCCUCACUGAUGAAGACAAGGGAGAGUUAGAGACCAUCAAGAACACAUUCAGCUCUCAGGUCAAUGACUUCAUCAUGAUUCUGUUCACUGUGGAGUCAGAUCCUACAGCUCCAGCUGUUGUUAACUUUCUAAAGGGAAACAAGAACAUCCAGGAGCUCUGUGAGAGCUGUGGAGGAAGAUCUGUUGUUCUCAACAUCAAGGACAAACAGCAGAUGUUAGAACUUAUGGAGACUGUGGAAAAAAUGAGAGAACACAAAGAUGAAUCAAGUUAUACAAUCACCAUGCUUACACAUGUUUGUAUGGAUAAAAUCACUACUUUGGAGGCAAAGCUGAAGAACUUGAAACCAUAUAACUCCACCGCUUUGGAUGAAGAGAAGAAGGACUCAGAGUGUCUCAGGAUUGCGUUGAUAGGAAAGACUGGCAGUGGAAAGAGCUCUUCAGGAAACACCAUUCUAGGAAAAAAAGAGUUUAAAGCUGGAUCAAGUCAAACGUCAGUCACCAAAUACUGUCAGAAAGCACAGAGUGAGGUGGGCGGGCAUCCUGUUGCUGUGGUCGAUACUCCUGGACUGUUUGACUCAACUUUGACCCAUGAAGAGGUCAGUGAGGAGAUGAGCAAAUGUAUCAGUCUUCUGGCUCCAGGACCACACGUCUUCCUGUUGGUGUUACAGAUUGGCAGAUUAACACCAGAGGAGAAGGAGACACUGAAACUCAUCAAGAAAGUCUUUGGGAUAAAUUCAGAGAAGUUCACCUUCAUUCUUUUCACAAGAGGAGAUACACUGGAACAUGAGGAGUUGUCUAUUGAAGAAUACAUUAAAGAUAAAUGUGAUGAUUCCUUUAAAAAAUUAAUUGCAGACUGUGGAGGAAGAUAUCAUGUGUUCAAUAACUAUAAACACAACCAGACACAAGUCACUGAGCUAAUAACCAAGAUUGAUGCCAUGGUGAAGAACAGUGGUGAAAAAUGCUUCACCAAUGAGAUGCUGCAAAAGGCUGAAGCAGCGAUACAGAAAAAAAUGGAGAUGCUGCUGCAAGAGAAGGAAGAAGAAAUGAAGAGACUAAAGGAGGAGCUUGAAAGAAAACAUGAGGAAGAAAUAAAAUCAAUGAAAAGAAUAAUGGAACAGCAACGAGAAGAAAAUGAACAAAGAGACAAAAAACUCAAAGAGUUGCAGGACAACAUCCGAAUUCAGUCUCAAAGGAGGAAGAAAGAACUUGAAACUAGAGAAGAAGAAGACAGGAAGAAGAAAGAAAAGGAAAAACUUCUAAAACAGGAGUGGGAACAAAAAAUUCAAGAACUGGAGCAAAAACUACAAUCAGAGUCAGAAUCAAAGGAAAUUAUUAACAGAGAGCUUGAACAGUAUGCAGAAAAGAUAAGAGAGCAGGAGAAGAAGCAAAUGGAACUGAAGGAAAAACGAAAGCAAGAAGAUGAACAGAAAGACCAGAAACUCAAGGAACUCCUAGAAAAAUACAAUCGAGAGAAAGAUACAUUUGAACAUGAAAAAGAAAAAGAGGAAAGAAUCAAAAGAGAACAGGAAGAGAAUCUGAAAGAGUUGGAGGAGAACUAUAAAAAACAAAUUGAGAACAUGCAGGAAGAUAUGGAGAAGUUUAAAGAGGAGGCGAGAAGAACAGCUGAAGAAUUCAAUGAAUUCAGAGAGAAAAAUGAAGCUGAGAUAGAAAUACUCGUGCAGGAGAUGAUGGAUCUGAAGCAGCAAUAUGAGAAAGACAUGCAGGAAAAGAAGGAGGAGUUCCCGCAAUGCAUUGAAAUCAGGGGACUUGCCUGGGCUGACAGGAUGCAAGACCUUUGA